AUGCGCGCCAAGGUUGCGCUUUUGGCGGCGGGCAUGCUGCUGACCGGGACGAUCAACACCAUCGCGACCAAGUACCAGGACAUCCUGGUGGUGGGCUUUGCGAGCGAUGGCAGCCCGGUCAACUUCCGGCACCCAGCAGUGCAGAGCGCCUUCAUGUUUUUGGGGGAGUGCCUCUGCCUCAUCCCCUACUUUUACCUCCGAUGGCGCCGGCAGAAGGCCAAGCGCCAGGACCCGGCGUACCAGCCCCUGCCGCAGGAGGAGAAGAUGGCGCGCCGCGUCGCGCGCAUCAUGGCGUUCGCGGUGCCGGCGCUGUGCGACGCGUGCGGCACGACACUCAUGAACGUGGGGCUGUUCUUCACCUAUGCGAGCGUGUACCAGAUGCUGCGCGGCACUCUGGUGCUCUUCGCGGGCAUGUUCACGGUCGUGAUCCUGCGCCGCCGCCUGUUCAGCCACCACUGGCUCGGCAUGGUGCUCAUCACAGCCGGCGCCGCGCUGGUCGGCGCCAGCUCAAUUAUAUACGCACAGGACGAUGCAGUUGCCGGCGCCCAUAACGGCCUCAGCCUGCGGGAGCAGGCGGCGCUGCUGCCCCACCUGCCGGCCCACGUCUGGCAGGUGUUGCGCCACGGCAAGCAUGGCGGCGGCGGGGACGGCGGCAGCGGCGGCGGCGCGGCGGCGGCGGCGACCGCGGCGGCGCCGCUGUUUGGGGACGUGCUAGUCGUGUGCGCGCAGGCGUUCACGGCGCUGCAGUUCAUUCUGGAGGAGAAGUUUCUCGUCCAAUACAAGGUCCCAGCCCUGCUUGCGGUCGGCCUGGAGGGCUGCUGGGGCUUUGCGCUGUGCGCCCUCGCGAUGCCGGUGCUCACGUUCGUGCGCGGCGGCGACGGCCUGCCGAUCGACGACGCGGCCGGCGCGGCGCGGGAGGUGCUCGGGAACGGCGCGCUGGCGGCGGCGAUCCUUGUCAGCGUCUUCUCAAUUGCCUGCUUCAACUUCUUCGAUCCUGGGGUUUGUGGUGCUGAUAUGCGGAUCAGGGCUGUAUAA